GGACUAUAAGAGGACGCACACCAUUGCAAUCCUCGAGUAAUGGGAAAGCACGUGAUAUCUACCAAAACCCCUCACCGCCUCAGUUCUUCCCAGGAGGAUGUGCUUCACCUCUGGCCACUUGUCACUCUAUGCAAAAGCAAACACGGCUCGGUGAGGGUUGUACAGAAGACCUCAAGUGAGGCAUUAAUAGUCCAUCAGCGUCUCAGGAACCACUGUACCUCAAAAAAGAACAAUGCAGCUAGACAAAGGGAGAGGGCGGAAAUGAAACAGACAAGUGGUCUGUUUCAAGUGAAGCGCACCGAAUGCAGCUAUGGUCUGCGUACCUCGGCAUGCCUCCCAAAUAUGAACAAUGAUGUGCAGUAUGACAAUGAUGUUACGUGUAAGGACUUUGAUUAA